AACAGUCCUUGCACUAUAAAUACAUUUAAAAGUGCAGAGAAUUACAAAUUCACUUUCACAGCAAGAAAAGUUCAAGUGUGGGAAGUUCACAAAUGGCUUCGACUUUUGUUAGAAGGCUCCAAGGCAAGGUAGCACUAAUCACCGGUGCUGCUAAUGGAAUAGGCGAGUCAACCGCCAAACUGUUCGCCAAACAUGGAGCUAAAGUUAUGAUUGCAGACAUCAAUGAUGAAUUGGGAGAGAAGGUAUGCAAGGAAUUGGGACAAUCAUCAGCCUCUUUUGUCCACUGUGAUAUAACUAAUGAAUCCGAUGUAGAAACUGCAGUUAACACAACUGUUUCCAAAUUUGGGAAAUUAGAUAUAAUGCACAAUAAUGCCGGGAUUGGGGGAAAAUCAAAUCCAAGCAUUCUUGAAAUCGAAAAAUCAGAGUUCGAAAAGAUUAUUAAUGUAAACCUCAUAGGUGCAUUCCUGGGUGCUAAACACGCUGCUCGAGUGAUGAUCCCAAAUCGCAGUGGGAACAUAAUCACAACAGCUAGUACUUGUUCGAAAAUAGGCGGUGGUUCUUCACACAAUUAUGUAAGUUCAAAACAUGGGGUGGUAGGACUCACAAAGAAUAUGGCUGUGGAGCUUGGAAAAUAUGGCAUUCGAGUAAACUGCGUGUCACCACACGUAGUUCCUACACGGCAAUCAAAGGAUUUCUACAAAAUGGACGAUGAGGGAUUUGGUAGUGUAUAUUCCAUCCUCAAAGGUGUUUUUCUUAAGCCAGAGGAUGUGGCUGAAGCUGUUAUGUUCUUGGCAAGUGAUGAGUCAAAGUUUGUGAAUGGACACAACCUUUUUGUGGAUGGUGGCAUCACAGUUGCGAAUUCCAAGUUUUGCAUGUUUGAGUAAUUUCCAGAAAAUAUUUCCCUGUUAAGUUAUGUUUAAUCAACCUAUUUCUCCUGUUUAUCUUAGCUUUGUAUAAAUAUUGAUUUUAUUACAAGGCAAUUGCAGAAAGCCAACUUUAUUUUAUGAUAUUUUAGAUAAUGUCCUCCAGUAAAUGCACAUGGAUCGACGACUUAAAUGUUUUUGAAUGAAAAUUAAAAAAUAUGAAGAUCCAGUUGUUUCGAAA